UCCAGAUGGAAUACCUGAAAGAAAAGCUGAGAUGCAAAGGAUGGGAAGUGAACGCAUGGAAUCGAAAAAACACAUCAAGUCACUCAAGCCGAAAAACGAUCAAGAGUUUAUCCUAAUCAAAUCACACCUGCAGCAACUUUACCAUGCCCUCAAGGGACCCACUAUCGAUAGGGUCUUUCGGCUCAGUGGACUGAACCCGCCCAUCGACUUCCUUCUUCCGAAAUCAAAUCCGAAAAGAAGGGAUCCUAAGAGUCGCAAAAUCCUUAAGAAAGUCUUUUGGUUUAAUAGGCUGAACUCAGGUGGCAGAGCGCGAACCAAGCACGAGAAGCCAUCCCGCAGCCCAACGGUCCCGAGCACUUUCAUGGUCGGAGACGGCAUUGAAUUCAAAAAUCUCGAGUCUUACAGUCCGAUCGAGGUCCCCCAUGAUGACCGAAGCGGUGCGGUCAAAGAUAACAUCCUCAGUGAAUCCUACCCUGCGGACUUGGUAUUCUCAAGUAAAGCCAUGCGAAUUUCACAGGGAGAAUACCCGAGAACAAACGUACCCAUGCAGGUACCUAGGCAAGACGGAUCCCUAAUGUCUGGCAAGGAGGAAGGAGUUUCAUUGGAAAAUGUGAAGAUUCAACGUACGGGAACGGCCGAAGUGGGCGGGGAUGAAUUGAGUUAUAUAAACGACAAGAUCAUCAAUGAAACAGUCGAUAUUUGGAAUUUCUUGCAAGGAAAGCUUAUUGCUUUUUCGAAGGCCCCAGCGGAUCCCAAAAAAGCAAAGUUCCAGCUUGCGUUUCUGAAAUCGUUAUUCCAGUUGGGAGACUACAUCUUCAGAUAUGAACUAUUGCCCCCGGCUUUCAUCGAGAGUAUUGAAAUCUUCAAGCCAAAAACAUUAUCAGAGAUGGUCAAGUUUCAUAUUGACCUCCUGUUCCUCAAGCAUGGACCAAAGUUUUUUGUCGCGAAAGACUCGGUGGUUCCUCAACUAGAAUUUUUGACAAAUGGCUUAACUUUGAAGCAUUUUCAUAGAUCUAUCAAAGCUCUCUCCGCUGAAGAUCAGAAGUACCCUGUAUACCUCGCCCUGACUAGCAUCCUGCAGCAUAUGGAAGAAUGCUUCCCGGAGUCGGAAUCGAGUCCAGACUUCAGAUUGAUUGCCCAAGGAUUUCGUCUGAGCGAGUUUCUCGAGCAAGCAGAUAGUCUUUCCUUGCAACUGCACGAAGCGCCAGGAAUUGAACAUUUGAACAGGAGUGAUAAUGUUCUAAUGUUCGAACUGACAGAAAGUUUUUUCGCCUGUUUUCAACACCCCACACUGACGGUAGCCCAAAGUCGAAUACAAUUCCAAAUGGUCUACUACAUGUUGGAGUUUGUUGAUCAAUAUUACAAACCAAUGACCGCGGCAAUUCUAGCACAGUGGGGAUCUUUUUGCCGCAUCCAACAAAAGCUCAAAUUCAUGAAUCUUUACCUAAAAUUCUUCCGCGAUCGAGAUCAAUAUCCCAGCUCUAUGUACGAAAAUCUGGAUAUGUCCUUUUUAGAAAUGCUCGACAAUCUGGAAAUCUGGAUCAAGUAUCGCAUUAAAGAAAUUUUUGAUAAAAAGAAAUGGUUGGAGAUCAGAGGAACGGUCCCCAAAGCAAAAUUCAACUUGUGGAUGAGUGAAAUGAAAAAGCCGAAAUUUCCUUUCUUUUCCUGA